GCAAAAACAUGGAAUCUCAGACACAGCCGUCAGCGUUUACAUUUGAUAGGCCUCAUUCAGCUGGAUCUGACAGUGGGAGUGGGAGUGGUGAGGAACAUGAAACAUGCAUUGUCAAUUCUCCACUAAAGGCUCCAAAGAGUCCUGUAAAACCCACAUUGGCACGCCUCAAGUCUCGCACAGGAGCAUCAGCUAGCAGUGCAAAGUAUUUCCAUGCAGGGGGGAGAACUGUGUACACCUCAGGAAGACCCCCAUGGUAUGAUUCCCAUGGUCUUCUGAAGGAGGCAUUUGUCAUAGGGCUAUGUGGGGGAAGUGCUUCAGGAAAGACAACUGUGGCAAGAAAAAUCAUUGAGGCUCUGGAUGUUCCUUGGGUCAGCUUGCUAAGCAUGGAUUCCUUUUACAAGGUUCUUGGGCCAAAAGAACAUGAGCGAGCAGAACAAAAUGAAUACAACUUUGACCAUCCUGAUGCUUUUGACUUUGAUCUGUUGAUUAAAACAUUGCGUCGCCUCAAGGAGGGAAAGAAAGUAGAAGUCCCCAUCUACAACUUUGUGACUCACAGCAGAGAAAAACACAGCAAAACAAUAUAUGGGGCCAAUGUUGUGAUAUUUGAGGGCAUUAUGUCAUUUGUCAACAAAGAUUUAUUAAAUCUAUUAGAUAUGAAGAUUUUUGUGGAAACUGACUCAGACAUUCGACUGGCCAGACGACUAAAAAGAGACAUAGCAGAGAGGGGACGGGAACUAGAGGGUGUGCUGAAACAGUACAGCAAAUUUGUAAAGCCUGCCUUUGACCACUAUAUAGAGCCCACCAUGUCACAUGCAGACAUCAUUGUACCCAGAGGGGGAGAAAACCAAGUGGCCAUUGAUCUCAUUGUCCUUCAUGUCCACACACAGCUUAAAAAGAGAGGAUUUAAAUUACGAAAAGAACUUGCACACUCUGCCAUGAAUGGUACAAAAAUGCCAAACAGUCUAUAUGUUUUAGAACAGACUCCACAAGUACAGGGACUUCACACAUUUAUAAGAAAUCGUGAAACCCCAAGGGAUGAAUUUAUUUUCUACUCCAAGAGGCUCAUGAGGUUGCUGUUUGAGUAUGCACUAUCAAUGUUACCACACAAGGCUGUUGUUAUAGACACACCUCAAGGGGUUCAAUACCAUGGAAAAAGACUGGAUGCCAGCAAGGGCGAUGGAGGAAUGAUUUGUGGAGUUUCUAUUUUGAGAGCUGGAGAGACAAUGGAACAGGCUCUUUGUGAAGUGUGCAAGGACAUCAGACUGGGCAAAAUUUUAAUUCAGACCAAUUUAGAUACUGGUGAACCAGAGUUACACUACCUCCGUCUGCCAAAAGACAUUAAAGAAUCUCAUGUUAUGUUGAUGGAUGCUACUGUGGCAACAGGAGCAGCGGCCAUGAUGGCGAUCCGAGUCUUGUUAGAUCAUGACGUUCCUGAAGAAAACAUCACUCUUCUGUCCUUACUGAUGGCAGAAACAGGUGUCCACUCAGUUGCUUAUGCAUUCCCCAAAGUAAAAAUUUUCACAACUGCAGUAGAUAAGGAAGUGAAUGAACAAUUCCACAUUAUGCCAGGCAUAGGUAACUUUGGAGAUCGCUACUUUGGCACAGAUUUUUCAUAAGGGAGCUGAAGAAUUUGGCUCUUUUCUGUUCUUUUGUCUACAAUGCUCAAACUUGCUUCCAAAUGUUAACAGUUUCACAUGCUAGAAAUGGGUGAAAUUCUAAUUUUAUUAUGUGUGUAUCAUAAAGUUGCUGUGUGAGGUUUUGAUUAAAAGCCAUUUUUUGUCCAGUUCAUUCUACUUUUUCAUUGUCAAGACUGAAAACAUAUUUUUUUUUUGAUUUUUUUCUCAUUGCAGUUUUAAUCCUAGUAUUCUAUGAAUAAGCUUGUAUGUUUCAAUAUUGAUCAAAGGAAGCUGUGCCUUUCGUUUACUCUUAUUAUUAUAUGGGAGAAACAAAUACGUUAGAUUGUUUGAAUGUGAAGAUAUGAUUUGCUUUAUAUACAUGUACAUGUCAAGAUAAUUGAAAUAUUUGAUAUUCAAAGAGUUUACUGGUCGUACACUUUUAAUAUUAUUUAGAAAUAUCAAAAGAACCUUUUUCUUGUAUUUUACUGACUGUGAAUUAUAUUUUAUUUGAUUAUUGAUCAAACAACUUUGUGUUCGACAUUUUUUGAGCAAGUU